CUUUUUUUCGGUCGUUCCUCUUCGCUUUCCGCUUCCUCCCUCCUCACCCGAACCUCCUUCAGCCUCACCACGCGCUCCCGUCCGGCUGUGCUUCGCCAGGUGCCGCCCCUCGCGAGGCGGCGUCCUCAUCGCGCGGCUGCGCGGGGCGGCGGACAAGAUGGAGGUAAAAGAUGCGAAUGCUGCUCUGCUGAGUAACUUUGAGGUGUUCCAGCUACUCACUGAUCUUAAGCAGCAGCGCAAGGAGAGUGGAAAAAGCAAGCAGAGCUCUGGUCAGCAGAAUCUGAACACAAUCAUGUAUGAGACACUGAAAUACAUCUCAAAAACACCAUGCAGAUACCAGAGUCCUGAGACUGUCAAAGAGUUCCUCGUUGCAAUGAAGGGCCAUAAGCUGACCAAGUUACAGUACAGAACUCAGUGCUGGUCAGGCUGCUUGUGGUGUCCCAAGAUAGAAGUUCUGGCUGCUGUUACAGAGCUGAUAGUGUUGUGCUGGCAAAUUGUGCACUUUCUGUAAGAUCAUCCCCCAAAGCCUUUUCUUUCUGUUGCUGCUGAUAUUUGCUACUGAGAUUACCAACAUCUCAGGCCAACACUGCUUUUCUGCUGAUGCUCCUCUACUUUGUGAUGCAUUCUCUUGACAAUGGCACACACAGGAGGAAAAAAAAAGAGGCAAUUUUCCAAUUAAAUACAUGUAUUAUAUAUAAAUGUGUGUAAAAACCAUUUACACCUUUCAGAGUAAUUUCAGAUAGCUGCCUUGCUAAAAGGAGCAAUUUCCAGGACAACUAAACGUGUUUUACUGAUGUAAUCAGCAAAGUAUGGCACAGCACAGGCUUUUUCCUUGUCAUCAGUUAUUUUGGUUUAAAAAAAAAAAAAUUGCAACUGUAGAACUGAGGGAUUUCUUUUUUAUAAUGAAAAAACUCAGAACUGACAUCAUAGUGAGUUUUAUUUUUACCUUGAUGAGGCCUCAAGCUUUGGCUAAUGCUGCAGUACAGUAAGUUGUGUUGUACUUGGAAAUAAAGCAGCUAAUUUUCCAGUUUUAGUCUCUGGAAUAGUUUUUAAGGUGGUGUGAAUGGCACUGCAUGAAAAGAACAUUUAUUAAGCUGUGCUCUGUAUUUGUGAUUAAAUGAAAACUGGCUCUCCUGGUACUUCUUUCUGUUCCUGAUAACCUGUCUUGGAUCAAAAUUAGGAAUAAUCAAUUUUCCAAUCACUGAUAUUAUAUAUAUUAUAAAAACAGGACAUAGACUUGCUCUUUUUGACUUGGAAGUCAACACAUUCAAGGAAUUACUGUGCUGAAAGUCAGUAGUGCUUUUAGAAAGUAUUUUCCCCCACUGCUGCCAAAAACUACAACGAAGAUAAACCUCUACAAUACUUAAGACUGAAUGAUUUCCUCUGUAAUUUUUUUCUCCUCUAAAGCUUUCAAAGUGAAUAAUCAGCACUGAGGGCAGGAGGAUGGUGUUAGUUUAACAACACCAUAAAGAAGACUGCUGUUUCCCACUGAAUUGAUGUACUUGCAAUUAAUCCUUUGCUCUGUAGCUUUUUUUUUUUUUGUAUUCUGGUGCAGUUGUCAACCCAUGGAGUUCAUCCUGGACGUGUGUGCCAGCACCAAAGACCCACAUGGAGAAUACAGCCUGGUAGGUUUGUGCUGAGCAUGCACAGAUUGGGGCUGUGAGUGCACAGACACUCAGGGCUGCUCAUCCAAAAACCAAAUCCUGUCCUCCUGCUUCAGACAGGAGCUGUCUUGGUUGACAUGAGGUAGGAUCUGCCUUUCAGAUCUGAUGUUUUCAGUUAGUAACAAGGCACACUGCUAAUGUAUACUGCUGUUAUUUUAUAAUUUUCCCAGCAACUGAAAUACACACAUUCCUGAGGAUAAAUCUGGCUUUGCGGUCGCAGAUGUUUUAGGGCUUUUUUUAGCUCUGUCUGCUGUAUCUUGGCACAAAUGCUGUUCUCUUCUUAACCAUGCCUUUAGAUCUUACUAGUAACUUACUUUUUCUUCCUAGAAAGCCAAGAUAUGUGUGCAUUUAGGUACAGUCUGGGAGUUCAGUAGGUGGAGGUGGGGAGGCAGUGCUCAGCCUCAUGCAAUAACUGCCAUUUGGAGAUUUCUCCCUAUGCAGGUCCCAUAGGAGGCUGCAAGCAGGUGAUUAACUCUGAUGUUGAUUACCAAACUCCUUUCAGCUGUCACUCAUCUUCUGUAUGUAUUCCUUCUCAUGAACAAAUAGCUUUCAUAUUCCAAACAGAGUUAGUAAAAUCCAGGCAGUUCAGAGGAGAUACAAAGGCACACCUUUCGUGGGAAAUUGUGCUGGAAAUACUUCUCACCUUCUGUUUAGAUGAAUGAAACAGUUCUCCUUUCUAUUUAAUGAGCAUGAGUGUAAAUAUGGUUGCUGUACAAAGAAGGUAGAUUCAUCUGCAUUGGAAAAAGUUCCUUGCAUUUUUUAGAUGUAAUGAAGCAUGAGCUAAAUUGCUCAUGCAAAAUGCUGCAUUCAGCACUGACGCUGAUGCAUGUGCAAGCUUGCAGCAUUUGACUUCCUUGGACCUUAUCUCUGAUGGAUCUCUGAGUAUCCAGGUUCUGGUUUAUGUACUUGCUAUCAAGAAAUGAGUGGUGCAAGAGGUCAGUUUUUGAUAUCAGCAUCAAGCAAAAUCAGUGCAGUGGGUACUGAGCUUCAGCUAGCAUUGCAUGGAGCAAUAUGCUGCUUGCUGCUAAUGGCAGGGGCUGGGGAUUGCAGUCUUGUGGAGAAACAGAGGUGUUUUGUGUGUUUGCUGUAAGAGUACACUGAGGAUACCCUUCUCAGUGUGUUUAUUGUGUGAGAAGAUCAGAAAGUGCACACAAGAAGAAGGAUUAGGAGCAGAGCUUCAGAAGGAUCCCCAAAGGUGAGCUCAGAUUACAUGUGUGCUUGGAGCAAAUUUCUGUGCUGCUGCCACGGACCUCCCAAGGAAGCAGAAGUCACUGUUGAUGUCCUGUACACGUGUGCUUGGUGUUUCUUAAGUAAUCUUAGCAGAUGGAUAUUUACUGAACAAAAAAUAGAAGAUGUUAUUGUUCUUCAUUGCAGAGUGGCACAAAAACAUCUACCCAUGCUGGUAGCUGGUGUACCACACUAAUAUCAGUGUGCUUGUUCUUAUGACUUCAUUUGCAGUCAGCUAUUCCUUUGUCACCUUAAAAAUCUUUAGCCAAAAUAAAAUAAUGUCCAUCUUCAUUUAAAUCACCCUUAUCAGAAUGAUGUUUGGAUUGAUCAGCAGCUCUCUGGCUGGGUACCGAUUUCCAGAUGGUCAUUUCUGUGUCACCACGUUCAGGCUCUCUAUAAAUAAAGCAAAUGCAUUGCUUAAAUCAUUAUCAUGUAGUGUUAAUAUGCCUAAAGGUUGUUACUUUUCAGCAUUAGUUAGUGUUUAUGGUUUCUAAAACCCUGCAACCUUACUCAAGCAGCUUUAGAAGCAAGAUGUCAUUUAUGUCGCUUUUGGUUCUGUGCACCCUGCUGCUAAUUCCUUUUUGAUGUUCUGAGUCAUUUUUCCAGUGGGGAGCUUUGCAGAUCCAAAACAGGCAUGAAGUUUUUCAGAUAAAAAUUUAAUUACUUACUUGCAAAUCAGCUCUCAUUCUUCUGGAUAUGUUUUGAAAACUGGGAAUGUUCUGAACCAUGCAGUCUUUGCUGAAGUAAUGCUGUUCAGAUCAGUUUGUCCUGUCCGUGUAACUUCUGCCUAUUUCCUAAUAAUUCAUAAUAAUGUUAAUGGCUUACAAGCACGCAAACCUUUGAGACGUGACCUUUUACUCUCUGCUGCAUUUCUUGUCUUCAGGAAACAAGAGCAGUUUCACUAAUUGAUUGUUUCAGUCAUGUUGUAUAAUUGCUUUUAAUUCGUUUCCGCUGUUGCCUGCUCUGCCAGUAAUCUCACUGUAAUAAACAAGAUGGAGCUCUACCUGUUGUAAAAUACCUCUGGAUAAGGGAGGUUUGCAUUUCUUAGCACGGACACGUUGUGACUUCAGUUAUUUGAUCCUGAUUCUUUGGUUCUGACAUUUUGUCAGCAAAAGUCUGAGGCACAGACGUGUGCUUGGCCAGGUCCUGGAAAGCAAAUAACAUGGCAAGCCAGGAGCAGAACACCAGCUUCUGUGUCUCCAUCGAGUGCUGCAGGCACUGAACCAAGCAGUUUCCUGGCUCUUGAGGAAAAAGCAGUAAAUCUUUCAUGCAUUUAUUCAGGUGAACGAGACAGGUUUGUGUGCUGAAGAUGUUAUUAAUAUUCUUUACCCGGUUUUGUUAGGACUUCUGCUUUUAUGGGAGGUGAUGUCUUUUGUUACAAUUUGACAUGGGUAGGUUUUUUGGUUUUUUUUUCCCCUCUUACUGAUUCCUGAAAUGAUCUGUUAUAAAUUUUAAGGGUUUUCAGUUGUUGUCUCCCAUCUGUGUUAAGGUUUUAUUUCUUCCUUUCCUUGCCUUUGACAGCAGUAAAUUGCAGCAGCUAUUAAUAUUUUGGUUUUGACACUAAGGCAGCCAACACAGAGUAGUCUCUUGUUGUAAACACAGAGCUGCUAAGUAAAUAGAUACAAGUGAUUAGGAAGGGGAAACAAAGGCAGCUUGCUCACUGCUUCCUACCAAUGGAAGCAUAUUUGGCUUUCACCCUUGACUCUCCAAAACCAAAGCAAACUGAUAGUUUGGGGUCACCAAGAUAAUUCUUUUCCCUCUGUGUUGUCUGUAUAACCACAGCCUUCAGACUUUCAGACUAAAUCCUGCACUGCCAACAGGUUUGUUAACAGAAGAAGGAAGAAAACGUAAACAGUUAUUCUGCAGAAGGGAAGAGAGAAUGCAGUUGCUGCAGUAGGGAUCGCCCUUGACACACUGACUUACAACAGAGCUGACACAAAGGACCUUCUCCCUACUGUCUUAAGUUUCAGCUGCUUGGAUGGGAUGUGCCUUUUGGUUCCUGAAUGGAAGAACAGAUGUCUUUCAGAGCAGUGCAAAGUCCCAGAGAGAAGGAGCAGGCCUGGCUGGGGUCCAUGCCCACACGGUCCUUUUCUCCAUUAUUUAAUGGCAUCUUCAAAGAAUACAGUGAUGUCUGCUGCCAUGUACAGUCUUAAGGACCUUCUUUUUUCUCCUCCCAUGCCGAAUAUCUUCACAUUCUUACACUGACAAAACCCACCUCUUAUAAAGUGCUUACCGUUGUAACCUCUCGGUCUAUAAAAUGGGCUCAGUGGCCUUUAUGAUGUUGUAGAUGACACACAAGUGGAUCCAGGCAACUAAUUUAGCAAGUGGUUUUUCUUAGAAAUGGCACUCCCACCACCAUGGCACUUAUGUUCUGGCCAGUUGGGUGAAAUAGGGCUGGUAGAAUCACUCAGUUGGAUGGAUACACGAAAGGCCUUGUUCUUUUUGGGAAUCAGCUGGUGGCCUUUGGGAGCUCUGUGUUCAGUGUAGUCACCAGAGCAAUGUCACUGUCAGAGAAUUGUCCUGAUGAGUGUGAACACCACGGUCUGGGAAGGUUUCCUGGUGCACUUGUGUGAAUGGUACAUUAUCCAGGUUCUUACAAUGUGAGAAGCUGUUAGCUGGUGUUGUGUUUCAGAGGCAGCUGGUGUCAGAGGCUGUGUGCAGUCAGGCAGUCUCUGAAGUGUCUCCAGACACGUAGGCACUGACCUGCUGCUCAUAAAGGCCUGGGCUGGGGAUUACAGCCUCUGUGUUCUCCUGAGAGCUGCAAGGUUUCCUUUCAAAACCACCCACAGGUUCAAUAAAUCACAGGGAAACUCUUCAGAAUCCCUGUAAGCACACAUUAAGCAUGCCCUUUGAAUAAUGGUAAAUUUGGGGUUUUAGCUCUUCACAAUUGCAGUUUGUGUGAACUGCACCUCCUCUCUUUAACACAAACGUGUGUGAUAAAGAAGUACUUUGUAAACAUAGGGUAUAUUCCCUCCUAGCAGCUGAGUAAUAAUCAGUAAUGAUUAUUUCAAAAAUGUACUUGUUCAGGUCUCUUUACUUCUUGUAUCAACGUGCUGUAGCUGUGUAUUUUUAUCAUUCAGUGCCUUUGGUACUGUUUCAUGUAUCCUUUUAACCAUCUGUUGUAUCUUAAGCAAUGCUAUAUCGUGUUUUUCUUCUCUAAAACACAAAACCCAGCUCAGGUUGUUGUCCGGGCUGCUAUUCUGUGAUCAAUGUUAAUGUAUUAAGCUUCUGAAAUGAAUGAAAUAUGCAGUGCUGGCAUAAGUCAGUUGGUUUUUUGACUUUGCUGUUGGGAUGAUUUCUAUUUCAGUAGGGUGUAAAGUGAGCAAUUUGGAGCUGUUGCUCAAAUGUUGUGGUUUGAAUUGCAUGCAAAUACUUGUUUGUUCACAUCUUCAUC